GUCCCCUGUGGUUCUCAUCUAUACCCGAGUGGUCACAAUGAUAUCUUUUAAUCGUUAGGAAACUUAGUUGCGCUUUUCCCCAGCGUGUUUCAUUCAAGUGCGUUGAAGUACCACUCAGUGCGCAUGCCCAAAAGAUCCACUGCAUCUGCCUGGAUCAAGACCAAUUAUAGGACAGGCUCACAAUUCCAAACUAUCUUCAGCAUUGCCGCGCCCGGUGGUCCAGCGGAGGGAUUCGUCUUGUUUCUAUCAUCCUCCGUCAAGGUGAUAUUGAAUGGUGGAUUCCCCUGGAGGGAUGUUCCCAGAGAUGUGCGUGAUGGUAACUGGCACCACAUCGUGUUCACUUGGAGCGCGGCGGUAGGGGAAUGGAGAGUGUUUAUCGACGGGGCGUUAUCGGGCCAGGGAAGUUCAUACGCAACCGGUUACUCGAUCUCUAGCGGUCAUUUAACGGUAGGGCAAGACCAAGAUGCCUUUGGCGGGGCUUUUGAUACAGACCAGUCUUUUCUUGGCAGCAUGGUGGGAGUGAACAUGUGGUCAAGUGUGCUCACAGAGGACGAGAUAGCUCUCCUAGCCUCGUCCUGGUGUGUUCCGCUAGAGGGGGAUAUAGUUAAAUGGACGGAUAUCUACCCAAAUGACGAAAGCAGCCAGGAGGCGAUAAGAAUAGACUGCACGAAGAAGUGUGCCUAGCCAACUCUUACACAAAACAUUGUACAAAUUUAAUCAAAGUCAAAGCACCGUUUAGUGAUAAGUGACACAGAUAUUUGGAAAAAACUCUAGUAAUUUACGAUUAUUUUAGAAAUGACUGAUUUUUGGCGGCCCACCUCUGGCCACGCACGUAAAAUAGACUUUGAAGUGUGUAUUUGUAUUGUACAAUUGUAUUGUAUUGCAUAAACUGCAUCGCAACUCAUCAUUCAAUAAUUAGAUUGACGUAUCGACCUUUGCAGGAGAGGGGGCUUGUUGAGAAAUCGGCAUCUUUUUCUCAUGCUUCCCCUAUUUUUUUGUUUUUGUGCUCCCCCUCCCCCCCUUCGUCAGGACCACUCUUUCAAUCUUUAACUUAUUAAUAUAAGCCCCCCCCUCUCUCAUCUCCCCACCUUCUGUUACCCAUACAUCUAUCCCUUUUAAAUAAUUAGCGGCCCUUAAGGUGGCUCGUGGGUAUUUAAAUAUAAAUAUAUCCAAUAUUUAAAUAUCCAUAACCCAUGUAACACACCACCUUAUAGAAGACAUCGAAAUAUUGGGGGGGGGGGGGGCACGAUACAGCCACACCCCUACUGGCAUUUCCUUAACAUAAAUAAUAUUCAAAUAAUAUGGUGGGGAGGGGGUUGUACCCCCAGUGCCCCAUCCCCUGCUACGGCCAUGCCACCCUCCAGAAUACGCCAUUCCAGCUAUAAGUUUACGCGUGCAUUACCAUAGAAACCUACCUCAACUACCAGAAUGCAGCGCACGCAUUUUUGAGCUUGCACCAAACGAAGCGCGCGCUGCAUGACGGUAUUUGAGGUAGGUUUCCAUGGUGAGUGCGAGCGCAUAUUUAUAGCUGGAAUGGCCUAUUCCCAAUUUUCCUGUUGGAAGGAACAGUUUAUUUCCGAUCUGUUAUGCAUGAUAUCGAAUUACAAUAAUGUAUGGAAUUAAAAUGAUCACUUCUAACAGCUA